GGCCGCGGGAUGGCAGGCUCGUCGGUGCAUCGGCACGGCCGGCUGCUGUGUCGCGGCGCGCCGCUGUCGUUUCUCGAUGGCGAGUGGGUGCGCCAGGACUCCGACGUCAAGUCGUCCCCUCGCUUCGCGCACAGCGACGACCCCAAGCUCCACCUCACCUCCGACGGCGCCGCCUGGCGGGUCACGCGCGGGGCGGGGUCGGGUGAGGUGAUCGCCGAGGCGGCCUCGACCGCGCUCCACCCAGGGACGGUCGAGGUCGGGUCGUGGAAGGUCUUCGACCGCGGCAAGGAGCUGCCAAAGUCCGCCGAGCUCGAGAUGCUCUGCGACGGCCCAAACACCGAGGAGCAGCCCUUCCUGAUGGAGGAGCUCGGCCGCGACUUCUUCCUGCGGGUGCACCUCACGCGCAAGUCGCAGCACCUCGUCAACCUCCACCCCGAGCUGGUCGCCAAGAAGCCGCCAAAGGAGAAGAAGGAGAUGAAGCUCGCCGGGCUCGAGAAGAACAUGCCCUCGCCCGCCGACCCAGAGAGAGUCAAGACGCUGAUCCACGCGCUGCUCUGCCCGUCCGAUGGCCCGUCCGAUAGGCCCGACUACACCGCCGAGGCGGUCGGCGUCGCGGUGGACGCGCUGCUCGAGCGGGCGCCGAACCCGCGCCGCUGCGAGAGAGGCGAGGUCUUCAAGGGCCCGGUGACCGUGCUCGUAGAUGUGAAGGACGAGAGCGGCGCAGUGAUCGGUCAAGUCGAGCGACCCAUCACGCUGUCGGACGCGAAGAAGGCGAAGGGCGGCUUCCACGCCAGGGUCCAAGCCAUCAACGCGUGGCUCGCCGCGGCGCAGCCCGAUGUACCGCUCAUCCCCGAGUACUGCGCCUGCUGGGCCGCGCCCGACGCCUACCUGCGGACCGACAAGGACGGCAAGCGGAAAGACGAGUGCAUGGCGGACUUCCCCUCGGAGAAGCGGUGGAGCGGCGAGUGGUGGCGCUUCUGGCGGGAGCACAUCGAGCCGGCGAUCGCCGGCAAGGUUCCGGGACCCCCGCGCAAGUCGGUGUACCAGAAACUGUCCGAUCUGCGGGAGGGUCCGGCGAGCGGCCACAGGGCCAAGCGGCAGAAGCUGGGCCCGGCCGCGUCGGCAGGCGCGGCCGGCAGCCAUUCGGCAAGCGCGGCCGAGCUCGUGGGCGCCGUGGUCCCGGGCGUGUUCAAAAGUGGCUCGCGCUUCCAGGCGCAGCACAGGGUGGACGGAAGGCAGGUCGACCUCGGCACCUUCGGCACGGCGGUGGAGGCGGCGGUGGCGUAUGCGCGGGCGGUCGGGGAAUACCAGCCUCCGGCUCCUCCUCCGAUUGUGGCUGCAGAAGGGGAGGUGGUUGCAGAGGCGGAGGGCUUGAGAUUGCACCUCUCCAGCAACAGUGCCACCGGGUACAAGGGCGUGCAGCAGCGCCCCUCCGGCCGCUUCCGGGCGCAGCACACGGUGGGAAGGGAGACUGUCUGCUACGGCUUCUUCGGCACGGCGGUGGAGGCGGCGGUGGCGUAUGCGCGGGCGGUCGGGGAAUACCAGCCUCCUCCGGCGGUGGCUGCAGAGGCGGAGGGCCUGAGAUUGCACCUCUCCAGCAGCAGUGCCACCGGGUACAAGGCCGUAUCCAUUUGGCGCGGGUCGAGCGGCGGCAUCGUCGACGUCGAUUGCGCGGUGGACGCUCUCGUGGCGGCGGUGCUCGCUGGAGCCCCCCGCGCUGUGCAGGACCCCUGGGGCUGCCUUGGGCUGCAGCGGUUGACGGGCCGCGAGGCGAGCCGGAAGCGGUACCUGCAGCUGGUGCGGCGGCUCCACCCAGAUCGGUGCGGCCACCCGCGCGCCGGAGAGUGCUUCGCGCUCGUCGAGGAGGCGUGGCGAGCCAUCGAGGCGCGGGGGGAGGGCGGAAGGAGCGCCGGAUAG